CAAUCGUUCGUAAAGAUUCAUCGUUUAACAGCCCACAUAAGUGUAUUUACUCGUAAAUGAUAGAGCAACAACGUAAACGCGUCGAACGCGCCGUAUCCGAUAUGAUCAAUGAAAUGUACUCGAGCCAUUUACGCAAAAUGCAGUCUGAAAUGCAUUUGUGUGCAUCUAAGUGUUGUGACGACCAACGUGGAACUUUAGAUACCGUGCAGACUUGUAUUGAGGGUUGUGCUGUGCCUCUAACUAAAGCUCAGGAUUAUUUACAACAAGAAUUGGGACAGUUUCAAGGACGUUUGCAAAAUUGUGUCAUGAAAUGCAGCGAGAACGCGCGUGAAAGACUGCCAUUAAACCCUAGCGAAGCCGAACUCUCCAAAUAUCAAUAUCAAUUCGAAUAUUGUACUGUGGCAUGUGUGGACAGACAUAUCGGUCUCAUACCAACUAUGAUGAAGACUAUUAAGGCAGUCUUGGAGAAAGGUCCUCAAGCUUUGCCACAAGCAUAGCAAGGAGCUCAUAGGCGUAAAUACAAUUUAAUAAAAACUAUGUUGUAAUGUAUGUAUGAAUACUUUAUGAAUCAGUUCGAAUUUCAAAAUCAUAUCAUGAUCAAAGAUGGAAAACAUUUGUAUAAACGUCAAACUUUCUUAUUAAAAAGCAAGUCUUUGAAAUAUUUUAA